GGACAACAAUAACGAACGGAACAAUCACUGCAAUUCUGUUUAUGAUACCGGGAGCGAAGUUGUUACAGUUGAAAGUCAGCUUGUUUACAUUUCAUUAUAUAUUUCUAAGGUUAUUUGGCGACCGAAGUUCAGUUUUCAAUCUGUUGUUGCAGCCAGAGCCUUUGCUUCCGAGCGUCGUUGAUUAUGGUUUAGACUGAGCCCUUUUCUCUGAGACAGCAGUUUGUCCUUGGCUGCCAAGCUGGCCCUGAUUGCGUUGUGUUGACUGAAGAACUGGAGUUGAAACCUGCAUGAUGCCAACCAUCUGCUCAUAUUCAGACUAAGUUGACCACUGGGAACACUUAGUAAACAAGCUGAUUAAAGGAAAAACUGUCUAAAGACUGCCUACAGAGCUGUGCAUGAGCUCUCUCAAUGUCAGCCUAAUUGGAAUUAGAACACCUAAUCAUUGUCAGCCUAAUUGGAAUUAGAACACCUAAUCAUUGUCAGCCUAAUUGGAAUUAGAACACCUAAUCAUUGUCAGCCUAAUUGGAAUUAGAACACCUAAUCAUUGUCAGCCUAAUUGGAAUUAGAAAACCUAAUCAUUGUCAGCCUAAUUGGAAUUAGAACACCUAAUCACGUCAGCUAUUUUAUUAUUUCCCGUUAAUAAGCCUGGCUGUAAUUAGUCUACUCAUCCUGAUCAAUGGUGUGAACAGCUGGGAAGUGAAUACCUCUCCCUCUUACAGUUUUAAGCAUUCCUGUCAUGGUAUUUGUCUGUGUGGGACACACUUGUAUUAGGCUAGGACAAGCUCUAUUCUGGGUCCAUUAGGGCUGACUUAUAAAAUGGUUCCUGUUGGGACUUUUUCUGAAAACAACACCACCUGGCCUCUAUGCCUAUCCCCCAGCAUGGGCCCUGCCCAAGCCACUGGAACAUUGCUUAUACCUAGCCUAUGCACACCUAAAGGGAAUGCCAGGGGGAAUAGGCUAGCUAGAAUUGGUUGGUUGGUCUCUCCCCUGUGGUGGUAGACUAGAAUGUAGCCUAGGCAAGUGAUUGAGGAGAACAGAGACGUUCAGCCCAUUAAAACACAGAGGAGCUGUCAGACAUGGGCUUUGUUUUAAAGUAAUGCUUUAAUUAAGUCUGACUUAAACACUAUAAAACUGUCUAAAAACUCUAUUUAGGUAACUAAUUAUGCACUGAAGAAAGGUAACUAGAAAAAUAAGUCUGAUUUUGUAGUCAAGCAUGACCGUCUAAACAUUCUUGCUGACAACUGUCAAGAUAAGUGAUUUUGGAUUCAUUCCAUUAGUUGUGCCACUGUACCAGUCUAUCAAACAUGUUUCACAUCGCAUGUAAUUCCCAUUGACAGCGAAGCUUCCAGUUGCAUGAAGGAGUCACCAGGUCAUGUGGUUGAGGAGCCAUUGUUGUUAUCAGCAACCUCGAUGCUGCAGUGUCUUUUGGGAUAAUGAGGCGGGUCCCAGAGGUGCUGGGUGACUGGUGUCCUAAUUCCACUGAGCCAGCAGGGGACAAAAGGGAGAGAGCACGGGGCAGCCAUGCUGACGUUGGCCAGUAAGCUGAAGAGGGACGAGGGGGUGAAGACUGGCCGGCCCCCUGGGGGCCCCUCCGACUCCUCUCACAGGGUCUCUAUCAGGGACCGACUACUCAUCAAAGAAGUUGCAGAACUUGAAGCCAACCUCCCUAGUACGUGUAAAGCCAGCUUCCCUGAUGAGAACAAGCUACACCACUUUCAGCUGGCUGUCUCUCCAGAUGAAGGCUACUACCAGAGUGGAACUUUCCAUUUUGAAAUAGACGUCCCUGAAGCCUACAACAUGGUGCCUCCCAAAGUGAAAUGCCAGACCAGAAUAUGGCACCCCAACAUUGCUGAGACGGGGGAGAUCUGUUUGAGUUUGUUGCGGGAGCACUCUAUCGACGGCACAGGCUGGGCCCCUACCAGAACGUUGAAGGAUGUAGUCUGGGGAUUGAACUCCUUGUUUACCGAUCUACUUAACUUUGAUGACCCGUUGAACAUUGACGCGGCCGAGCAUCAUCUGCGUGAUAAGGAGGAUUUCCGGAAUAAGGUUCAGGAUUACAUCAAGCACUACGCCAGGUGAUGACUGCAUCAGCUGCGCCAGCUGCCUGCUCCCCCCCCCCCCCUCCCCCGUCUGUGACUGCGCAGCUGAACCCCGUCCCUAAUGUCUCAUCAACCAACUAACCGCUGCGCACCGCUGACACGCCCCCGACUGCAAUAAGAUGUCGCUGGAAGAAGGAAAGAUUAAACACGUUUUUUUUUAAGUUUGAGGAGGGACUUGUUUAUUGGACCAGAGUAAUCAUCCGUCACAACAGGGAUCGUCCAAUGACUGGGCUUCUCGUUGUGUCUGAGCCAAUCAGAGUGGGCGCCGGUGGCAGUGAGGACCCGGGAUUUAAUCAAUCCAGUUAUCUGUUAUUUAAGAAUCGGCGAAUCAAAGAGAAAGAUGAUCUGUUAGUUUUUCUCAGUUCUAGUGCCUGCCAUGUUUGUGUUGCAAAGAAAAUGCACGCGAGCUCACACGCACGCACACACACACACACACACACGCACACACACACACAAUCCCUUCAUGCACAUUGAGAAACAAACAUACUCAACUAGCUUCUCACAACACACAGCACUUGGCUGUGCAUGUAAACACACAGCUGGAAAAAGGACAUAUCUGUUAUGUCACUCGUUCCUGCCCACCCCCAACUCACCAGACAGCAUGUGAAUGACAAGUGCCACCAACCCAGUCCCCAUUCAAGUCAGUCCCCAUUCCAGUCAGUCCCCAUAUUGUCCAUUUCACUCUGGAUAUGUCUGAAAAGGCACCCUAAUGAUCCCAAUAAUCCCAACCCUAUAGGCUCUGGUCAAAAGUAGUGAGUGCAUUAUAUAGGGCAGGGUUAUUCAACUCUGACCCUACGUGGGCUGAAGCAUGCUGUUUUUCAUCACUCUAUCCUGCUGCUUUUCCCUCCACACCUCUUAGGCCCCACCCACCUCAUGUGUUCUCCUCUGCCCCCAAGGUAGGGGAAUACCAGGGCGCUCUCCCUCUCCUAGGUUGUGUAUGAGUCCUCUGAUUAGUUGUCUAAAGGGAGGGCCUGUGGUCUCGCUCUCGUCUGACCCUCCCAGUGUGUGUGUGUGUGUGUGUGUGUGUGUGUGUGUGUGUGUGUGUGUGUGUGUGUGUGUGUGUGUGUGUGUGUGUGUGUGUGUGUGUGUGUGUGUGUGUUGAUUUGCCUGGGCUGGCUUUGUGCCUGUGUGCACAUUGGAACAUAACAUUCAGUGUCAUCACUGUAUCAAACAUUGUAUUUACGUUUCCAUGAGGCAAAGUGUAUGUGAUCAGGAGGUGGUGUAUUUUAGUGUGUGAGCGCGUGUGCGCGUGCUUUCAAAUGAACAAGUUCAGAUUUGACUUGUUAGCAUGCUCUGGUUCCUAGCCCCACACUCCUUGUUUUACUGGCCCAGCUAGCCUAGUUUCCUGUGAGGCUCAGGAGGGUCUGUCCCUCAGUUCAAAUCCUCCUUUGCUUUCAGAUUGUAUAUCGUUUUUUAAAGAUAUAUUAAAGAGGAUGUAAUAAGGAAAA